AUAAAUUGCAUGACCAGUUUCACCAAAAUAACUUGAAAAUCGAAGUGCUCGAAAGCCCGCGGGCAACCUGGUGUGACAUUUUGUGCUGCAUAAACUUGAGGAUGCUUCGCUGAUUAGCAAGUUGUACCGGGCUUGACCCGGGGCAUAGGCGAGAAACAUGUCGACCUCGCGAACAGACGAUAAGUUAUUGAAUGAGGCGCCCGCUGGACGCCCGGAGACAUCGUUGCUGUACUCAUCGGGCAGCUGGCGACCUCCCGGGAACUCGCUUCUCCCCACCCCGCUGAACUCGCUGGGGCUGGGUGGGCGCCCUGGCUCUGCGCGGCCCUCAUGGUCUAAGGCGGGCGGAGGCUCGGGGCAGCCACCGAAGGUCGCCCCGCUCGUUAUGGCGAACGCGGGGCGUGCCAUAGAAGAGGGAAACCUGUUUCGACCGGUGGAGGUUCUGGAAAAUGCGUUCGUCAACAGCGCCACGGUAGAGGAGCGGGCGGUGGACUGCGAGCUGCAGAGGCAGUCCCUGCUAUUCAGCGACCAGCCUCGCGCUUCGCGCCCUGGACUUACGGCCAUGCUGAACUACAUGACAAAUAACAACGCCCCGCCGGGAGCGGGCACGGGCGUUGGCAGCAGCCUGGGUGGCAGCGGCGGCGGCACUCGUUCCGCGGACUACGCAGCGGUCCUGGCGGGGCCGGGCAUGGGCGGCGGCUCACCGUAUGGCAUAUACGCUGGGUUUGAUGCCAUUCCAGAGGAGGUGUCAGGGGCCAGUCUGGACUAUGCUGCUGACAGCACCUUACGUCCGGGGCAGUUGUCGCCAAGCACCUCCCCGAUGCCGGGCGCCGCACCCAGUCGCGCCGGCCCGACUGUUGGCGGCGGGCGGACGUCAGUCAUCACGGUCGGAGCAGCGGGGGGCGCGGGCGGCAGCGAAGCCUGGUUCGGCCCCUCCAGCGGGUCUAUUGGCCAGGGCGCGAGCCGCCCUGUCAGCAGCCGGCCCGGCGCGGGCCGGCCCGUCAGCGCCAAGCCCCCCACAGGCAAUGCGCGGCCCGUCAGCGCGAUGGGGAACGGCGCCGGUGCUGCUGGCGUGGUGACGCUGUCAGCCCAAGAGCGUAGGACUAUCGAGGGCAAGCUCAUAGCCAGCAUGGGCCUGGCGGGAACGGGCCUGGUGCGCGGCGAGAGCCCGCAGGGUCAGUGGGCACACACGCGGUCCGCCAAGUCAGGUGCGGGUACGGCUGCGCCCGGGGCCAGCGGUAGCGCUGCGCGGCCAGUCAGUGCGCCGCGCGCGUACGCUAAUACCGGUGGCAGCUCGCGACCAGUCUCAGCGACCAUGGCUGUCGCGGCGGCGGCAGCAGCCAGCAAGCGCCGCGCAUCCGCCACACAAGCAGCUGGCGGUGGCGCGGCGGCGGUGGCGUCGCUACGCCCCAUAUCUGCCCUGCCCGGCAGCGGCGGUAUGGGCACCGGCAGCAGCCGGCCGGUCAGUGGGAUGCCGUAUGGGUCUGGUGCGCGCGGGCCCAUGACGGUGACGGUGACGCCCGGCGAGGAGGUCACGCUGCAGCCGCACGCGGCACCUCAGAUGCUGACAUCACCUAUGGCGCGGCCGCUGUCGCCGAACCGGCCGAUCAUCGCUCGCCCGCCCUCGCCCACGCGGACGGUGCCUUCGUGGAUGCUGACACGCCCUGGCAGCCCACCGCCCGACGAGUAUGGGGGUACUGCACGCCCCAUGUCGGCUCUGUCCACCGCAUCGGCCUCCGUGGCGGCGGUGGCUGCGCCGCUGCUUGAGACAGCGGGCGUGCCACCCGCGCCGUACCGCCAGCGGAACGAGUUCCAGCAGAGUGGCAAGAAGAUACCCACGGGCUGCCGACCUCUGAGCGCCUUCAGUACGCUGAGCAGCGCCACGCCGCGCAACAGCCUGUCGCUGGUGCCCUCGCUGGCGGGUGGCUUGGGCGCGGGCGCGGGGCCGGUGGUGCCGCUGUCCGAGAGCAUUGCCGAUCAGCCUGUGUACAAUGAGGAGGACGGCCCCAUCAAGACGUCGUACGAGGUGGUGGACUACUUCUCCACACACGGCCAGAACGCGCACAAGAAGCUCUUCUACCUCAACGAGCGCAGACCUGCCGACAUGAUGGAGGUGGUGAGCCCCUUCGACCUGGUGGUAGUUCCGGCGGAGCGAGUGGACCGCGCCCAGUACUGGACCAUGUCGGCGCUGGGUGUGGUGCACGUGGAGGCGGGCAGGCCGGAGGAGGGGCAGUUCACGCCGCUGGGAGAGUGGAUCAGGCUGAGCAGCGUGUACGGGCUGCUGCGCAAGAUGCGCUUCUUCAAGCACUUCCUGUUGACGCGGUCCUUCCGCCGCUGGCGCGCCAACGUCAAGCGCAGCGCCUUCGAGCGCACGCGCGAGGUGCUAGGCCAGCUGCUGUUCGGCGCCGUGCCCACCUUCCAGCCCGUCAUGCUGCGCGCGGGACAGCUGGUGCAGGCCAUGCGCGAGACUGCCGUCGUGUCGAUCACCAACCGCAUCGACCGGCUGUACGCACUGGAAGAGUUUGUGGCAGAGCAGGACAACCGCCGGUCACAGGUCGCCGCCCCCGCGCUGGCGAAGCUGGUGGACGAGCUGUGUGCGGAGCUGCUGGCGGUGGGCAGCCGCAUCGACAUGGAGCGGGAGCGCAUGGAGAAGCUGGUGGACAUACCCACGCUGCGGGCCAAUGAGUUCGUCACGUUCAUCCCCGGCCCGUCGGGCGGCGCUGCGGCCGGCAGCGCCGCCGCCAACAAGUCCAAGUCCAUUUCCGCCCUCAAGGCCGAGAAGGCCACCAUCCUGGCUCGCUACGAUGCCUGGGUGGCGGCCCAGGAGCGCAUGCCGGCGCUGGUGCGGCUGCUGGACUACCUGGUGGGCUGCGCGGCUGUGGAGCUGGGUGUGCGCGGCACGCAGGAGCUGCUGGCGUAUCUGGACAACCCCGCCAAGACCCGGGGUGUGCUGCUGGUCACGGUCACGUUCGAGCCGCGCACACACCGCGUGUCAGAGGACGGGCCUGCCGCCAACCCCCUCGCGCCGUACGUGGUGGGCUUCGGCUUUGCGCCGCAGAUGCGCCAGGUGCGCGAGGCCCUCGUGCACGUGAUGGAGGCGAUUGUGAGCAUGCUGGACGAGAUGCCGCGCCCGUCAACACACAAGCCCGUGGCAUCCAAGUACAUCAAGCCCGCUGGCGAGUCGUUUGUCAAUGUGGCCGGCGUCAUCAUGCACGGCACGCCGCUGUACGUGACGCUGCGCUCGGGCGUGUUGGCGCACGUGGACAGCAGCUACACCAAGGCCCUGGACUACGUCCGUGCCACCUUCGAGGACAAGCGCCCCAUCUUCGACUUCUCAUUGUCCUGGGACGCCGCCGCCUAUGACGCCGAGGCCGCGUCCACGGCUGCAGGGCCCCACGGCCACGACGCGCUGCCGCUGGCGUUCCGGCGCGACAUGAUCCAGCAGCGGCGGUGGCAGCGGCAGGUGGACCAGAUGAAGAUGAGCAACACGGUCGGCAUCCUGUUUGUGGACUCCAAGAAGAUGCGCACUUCGCUGCAGGAAUCCAUUGAGCACACGCUGGAAGACCUGAAGCUGGCGCUGGUGGCGGCCGGCCGCCGCGCCGUGGCCACUUGCCUGGAGCAGAUGCGCGCCUGGGCCAAGGACCUGGAGCCGCGGCCCGCAGACCUGGACGGAUAUGCGGUCAUGCGGGAGCUGUACGGCAACCUGGUGGCUGCGCGGGAGGCCGCAUUCCGGGCUGUGGACGCCGCCAACGAGCUGUUCGAGCUGUUCCGUGACUACAGCGGCAAGCCCGACGUCAAGGACGCCGUGGCGCUGGAGACGCUGGCGGAGACGGCCACGCACGUGCGCUCGCAGCUACACGAGCUGGGCGAGUGGGUCAAGGAGCGCUCCUCCGAGAUGACCUCCGACCUCAGCACCGCCAUGCAGGAGCUUUCGUCCGGGGUCAUGUCGCUGCUGUCUGAUAUCACCUCGGCCGCACUUGGAGACCCCGAGGCCGAAGUGCCGGACAUGCUGGACGCGUUGGCGGGACUGGAGAUGCGGCUGCUGGAUGCGGAGGAGUCGGCGUCCCGCUACGCUCAGUACCAGACGUUGUUCGGGCUGCCUGUGGACGAGCCCGGCAACCUGGCGCAUGUGCGGCGCGAGUUUGAGCACCGCAAAGCAGCCUGGGGCACCACCGCGGAGUGGGCCGAGAAGUCCACGCACUGGAUGCACGCCCCCUGUGCGGGCCAGGACGCGGAGGCCAUUACGGCUGCGGUGGACGAGUACUACCGCUCCGCAUACAAGAUGGCCAAGGCGGCCCGCGACGACCGCGUGGUUGCCAAGCUCAAGGAGGACAUCGAGGGGUUCCGCAAGUACAGCCAGCUGUUCAUGGACGCCUGCAACCCGGCGCUGCAGGCGCACCACUGGGCGCAGAUCCUGCAGGGGCUGCUGGGCCGGCCGGCGGACGACCCGGCGCCCGGCGACCCAGUCAGCGUGGCGCAUCUCAUCGAGUGGGGCGCCAUGGAGCAGGCGGAGGCGCUGUCCAACAUCAGCGGCGCCGCCAGCAAGGAGCUGUCGCUGCGGCGCGCGCUGAGCCGCAUGAAGGAGGACUGGGUGGGCGUGGACUUCAAGAUGGUGCCGUACAAGGACACGGGCUCGCACGUGGUGGGCCACACCGACGAGAUCCAGAUGCAGCUGGACGAGCAGCUCAUGAAGAUCCAGGCCAUGAACGCAUCGCCGUUUGUGAAGCCCUUCCGCGGCGAGGCGGAGGCGUGGCAGGCCGCACUGGAGGGCCUCCAGGAGCUACUGGACAGCUGGCUGGCGUGCCAGAGCGUGUGGAUGUACCUCGAGCCCAUCUUCAGCAGCCCCGACAUCGUCAAGCAGAUGCCGGCCGAGGGCGCCAAGUUUGCACAGGUGGACAUGACGUUCCGCAUGCUGGUGGACGAGGUGGUGGCCAACCCGGGCGCCAUCGCGCUGGCCAAGGAGGUGGACCGCCGCACCAGCCUCGCGGAGGCCAACCGGCUGCUGGACGAGGUGCAACGCGGGCUGUCGCGCUAUCUGGAGGCAAAGCGCCUGGCCUUCCCGCGCUUCUUCUUCCUGUCCAACGACGAGAUGCUGGAGAUCCUCUCGGAGACCAAAGACCCCACGCGCGUACAGCCGCAUCUGCGCAAGUGCUUCGAAGGCAUUCACCGCCUGCAAUUCGAGCCCAACACCAACGGUGUCGUGUCCGCCAUGCUGAGUCUGGAGGGCGAGAAGGUGCCGUUCAUGCAGCACAUCAACACCGCUGCCGCACGUGGCAAGGUCGAGCAGUGGCUGCUCGAGGUCGAGGCACGUAUGUUUGAGGCCGUGCACGCCGUCACCGGCCGCGGCAUCGAGGACUACGCGGCUGCCUCGGCACCCAGCGGCGGCGGCAAGGGCGGGGCCAAGCCCAAGCGGCACGAGUGGGCGCUGCGCUGGCCGGGCAUGGUAGUGCUGCUGGCCGCGGGCGUGUUCUGGACGCGCGGUGUGGAGGACGCGCUGGCGGCGCAGAAGCUGCCGGUGUAUGAGAAGCAGUGCAGCGCGGAACUGAGGGAGAUUGUGGACCUGGUGCGCGGCGAGCUGACGGGGCUUCAGCGCGCCACGCUGGGCGCCCUGGUGGUGAUGGACGUGCACGCGCGCGACGUGGUGGCGGCGCUGGCGGCUGACAAGGUGGAGGCGGCAGCAGACUUCGGCUGGCAGGCGCAGCUGCGCACCUACUGGCAGGCGACGGACGGCAAGCCAGUGGCGGGCCAGCCUGACCGGGACUUCACGGCACGCUGCUGCAUGAUGAGCGCUAGCCUGGAGUACGGGUACGAGUACCUGGGUAACAGCAGCCGACUGGUCAUCACACCGCUCACGGACCGCUGCUACCGAACGCUCAUGGGCGCGAUCCACCUCAACCUGGGCGGCGCACCCGAGGGCCCCGCCGGCACCGGCAAGACCGAGACCACCAAGGAUCUGGCCAAAGCGCUUGCGCGCCAGUGCGUGGUGUUCAACUGCUCUGACACCCUGAACUACCAGGACAUGGCAAAGUUCUUCAAGGGCUUGGCUGCGGCGGGCGCGUGGGCCUGCUUCGACGAGUUCAACCGCAUCAACCUGGAGGUGCUGUCGGUGGUGGCGCAGCAGGUGCUGGACAUCCAGCGCGCCAUCGCAGCGCGCUUGACUAUGUUCACAUUCGAGGGAUCCGAACUGCCGCUGAAGUGGAGCGCCUGGUGUGCCAUCACCAUGAACCCUGGUUACGCCGGUCGCUCCGAGCUGCCCGACAACCUGAAGGCGCUCUUCCGGUCGGUGGCAAUGAUGGUGCCCGACUACGCCAUGAUUGCGGAGAUCAUCCUGUACAGCUACGGCUACCUGGCGGCGCGCCCGGCCGCAAAGAAGAUUGUGGCCUGCUACAAGCUGUGCUCGGAGCAGCUGUCCAGCCAAGACCACUACGACUACGGCAUGCGCGCGGUGAUGGCGGUGCUGCGUGCCGCCGGCAACCUCAAGCGCCGCUUCGCCAACGCCGCACCCUCCACAGCCAACCAGACUCCGGAGCAGCAGGAGACGGAGGAGCUGGGUUUGGUGCUGCGCUCCAUCGUCGACGUGAACCUGUGCAAGUUCCUGUCGCACGACGUGCCGCUCUUCAACGGCAUCGUGUCGGACCUCUUCCCAGGCAUCACGCUGCCCAAACCGGACUACGGCCCGCUCGCGGCGGCGCUGAAAACGGCGUGCGCCAACUCUAACUUGCAGCCUACGGAGUAUUUCAUCACCAAGGCAACCCAGCUAUACGAGAUGGUGCUGGUGCGCCACGGCCUCAUGCUGGUGGGCAUGCCGUUCAGCGGCAAGACCGCCGCGUACACGACCCUGGCCGCGGCGCUGACUGCCGUGGCGGAGUCCAACCACCACCAUCCCGAGGCGGCGGCGGCAGACAGCAACCCGCACGCCAAGCAGGAGCGCGCCUCCUUCUUUGUGCUCAACCCCAAGUCGGUCACCAUGGGUCAGCUCUACGGCCAGAACGACCCCGCCAGUCACGAGUGGACGGACGGAGUGCUGGCUGUUUUGUUCCGGCGCUGCGCCGCCGACCCUUCGCCCGACCGCAAGUGGCUGGUGCUGGACGGCCCGGUGGACGCCAUCUGGAUUGAGAACAUGAACACGGUGCUGGAUGACAACAAGAAGCUGUGCCUCAACAGCGGCGAGAUCAUUGCCAUGAGCGCCCCUAUGAACCUGAUCUUCGAGGUGGGUGAUCUGGCUGUGGCCUCGCCCGCCACCGUGUCGCGCUGUGGCAUGGUCUACCUGGAGCCCCAGCAGCUGGGCACCGGCCCGCUGCUGCUGUCCUGGCUCACCUCGCUUCCCACGCACCUGGGAAUGGCGGCUGCUGCCCCCAGCACGGGCGGCGCCGCGGCGUCUCAUGCAGCACGUGCUAGCACGGCAGGGCCGGUGCUGGCGAGCCUCGCGGCUAUGAGCGAGACCGCUGCUGCGUCGGCGGCAAUGGGCGGCGUGAAGGCUCGGCUGGGGGCCUGUUUCGAGGGCCUUGUCUCACCUACAAUCAGGUUUGUGCGGCGCGAGGUCAAGGAGGCCGCGCCUUCCCUGGACGCCAACCUGGCGGUCAGCUGGAUGCGCAUCACGCAGGCGCUGCUCAUGCCGGUCAUAGGCACGCCGGAGCUGCUGCGCAAGCUCGGCGGUGACGUCAAGGCGAUGCCGGUGGUGGACGCGGUUGCGAUCAUGGCGCUUACCUGGUCGGCAGGGUGCACCGCGGCCUCACAGUCGGGCCGCGCGCUGGUCGACCAGUUCGUGCGGCGCGCGGUGGCGGGCACUCUGUCCGGUUUGGAGGCGCCGUCAGGCCACCACUACAGCUUGUCGGAUGCGCCCAGCGUGCCGCUCAUGGCCGUGUCCGCCCUGCCGCCCGAGGAGGGCCUGUUGUACGACUACUACUACGACCUGUCGCCCCUGCUGCCCAGCACCCAGGCGGCCAACGCGGCAGCUGCUGCCAGCGCGGCCAGCAACCCCGCUGCGGCGGCGAUUGGCGCCGCCGGCGGCGCUGCUGCGCCGGCGGCGACGCAGGGCCAGUGGCUGCCAUGGAGCGCGAUGGUGGCGGACGCGCCGCCCAUCCCCGCAGACGCCAGUUUUAACUCGAUUCUGGUGCCCACGGUGGACACGGCGGCCGUGACCUUCCUGCUGUCCACCGCGAUCAAUGCCAAGUAUCCUUUCCUGCUGGUGGGCCCCACGGGCACGGGCAAGUCGGUUACCGUGGUGCGGUGCCUUCUGGAGCUAGACCCCGAGGUAUUUGCCCCGGCCAACAUCAUCGGCUUCAGUGCGCAGACGUCCGCCAACGCUACCCAGGCGCUGGUGGACGCCAAAGUGGACAAGCGGAGAAAGGGCGUGUACGGCCCGGCCGGUGGCCGCCGCGGCGUGGUGUUCAUCGACGACCUGAACAUGCCGCAGCGGGAGACCUACGGCGCCCAGCCGCCCAUCGAGCUGCUGCGCCAGCUGCUGGACCACAACGGCUGGUACUCGCGCGACAACGCCUUCCGCGCCAUCCAGGACGUGCUGAUGGUGGGCGCCAUGGGGCCGCCGGGCGGCGGCCGCGCAGCAGUGACGCCGCGCUUCAGCCGCCACUUCGCCACGCUGUGCCUCACCGAGGCAUCUACGCCAACGCUGAAGCACAUCUUCGGCACCAUCCAGAAUUGGUUCCUCACCACACGGGCGUUCCCUGAUCCAGUCAUGGAACUCAGGGAGCCCGUCAUCGCUGCCACGCUGGACGUGUACUCGGCCGCCAUGACGCAGCUGCUGCCCACGCCCACCAAGAGCCACUACACCUUCAACCUGCGCGACUGCUCGCGCGUGGUGCAGGGGCUGCAGGCCCAAGACGCGGCGGCGCUGCAGCUGUCCGCCAGCCAGAUGCUGACGUUCAAAACCGCGGCGGCGGCGGCAGCGCAGGGCGGCGCGCCCGCGGCGGCCCCGUCUGCCAGCGCCACCAUGCGGGCACAGCAGGAGGCGCACGUACGGCUGUGGGUACACGAGGUGCUGCGCGUCUUCUACGACCGCCUGGUGGACGUGUCGGAGCAGCAGUGGCUGCUGGAUUUGCUACGCGACCUGGCCCACUGCCACUUCGGAAUGAGGCUGGACGCCCUGCUCAGCCACCUCACGGUGCCAGACAUGGGGCCCGGAGGAGCUGGCGACAGCAUGUCUGGCACGGAGAGCGGCGCGGAGGGCAGCAUCACGCCCGGCAUCAUCCGGCGCUGCUUGUUCGCUGACUACAUGACCGAGAGCGACGAGAAUGGCUACCGGCCGUACCUGGAGGUCGCCCGCCCCUCCGCCGCCGUGUCGCGGCUUGAGGACCUGCUGGCCGACUACAACGGCCUGGCGGGCCCCGGCAAGCGGCAGCUGCACCUAGCCAUGUUCCUGUACGCGGUGGAGCACGUGACGCGCAUUGCACGAGUGCUCCGCCAGGAGGGCGGCCACGCGCUGUGUGUGGGUGUGGGCGGCAGCGGCCGCCAGAGCCUGGCCCGUCUUGCCGCCUUCAUCUGCGGGAUGGAGGCAUUCCAGGUGGAGAUCAGCCGCAGCUACGGGCUGAACGAGUGGCGGGACGACUUGCGGCGCCUGGCCCGCCGCGCUGGCGCCGAGGCAAAGCCCACGGUGUUCAUCUUUGGCGACAGCCAGGCGGCGCAGGAGGCGUUCGUGGAGGACGUCAACAGCCUGCUCAACAGUGGCGAGGUGCCCAACCUAUUCCCGCACGAUGAGCGCUCCGCCAUCUGCGAGGCCGUGCGCGCCGCAUUCAAGCGUGCCCAGCCAGCGGUCGCCGACCCCUCGCCCGCCACGCUGUGGUCGUUCUUCGUGGGCCGCUGCCGAGCCAACCUGCAUGUGGUGCUGGCCUUCAGCCCCGCGGGUGACGCCUUCCGUGAGCGCCUGCGCCGCUUCCCGUCCAUUGUCAACUGUUGCACCAUCGACUGGUUCCACGCCUGGCCCGAUGAUGCACUGGACGCGGUGGCGGCCAAGCUGCUGGCGGAGGUGGACUUGCAGGGCCCGGGGCAGCGGGGCGCGGUCAAGGACCUCUGCAAGACCUUCCACGCCCAGGUGACGAGCAUGUCGGGGGCUUUCCGCCGCGAGGCGGGCCGCCACAACUACGUGACGCCUACGUCCUACCUGGAGCUCAUAUCCUGCUUCGCGACGCUGCUGGCCCAACGGCGAGCCAAGGUGCUGGCGCAGCAGCAGAAGUAUGAGAAUGGGCUGGACAAGCUGGCGUUCACGGCGGAGCAGGUGGCGGUCAUGAGGGCGGAGCUGCAGGCUUUGGCUCCUGUGCUCGCCCGCACGGUGGCGGAGACGGAGCAGCUGCUCAAGGAGAUUGCCCGGGAGAAGGAGGAGGUGGUGGAGCCCAAGCGCGCCAUGGUGGACGUGGAGGUGAAGCAGGCCGACCACGCCGCCGCUGCCGCCCGCGCCAUCAAAGAGGAGUGCGAGAUGAUCCUCAGUGAGGCGCUGCCCGCGCUGGAGGCCGCGACACAGGCGCUCGACACGAUCAAGUCCGCCGACAUCAAGUUGGUGCAGACGUUCAAGAGCCCGCCCGCGGCCGUCAAGAUUGUGAUGGAGGCGGUGUGCGUGUGUCUGGACGUGAAGCCUACACUCGUGCCCGACCCCAACAUGGCGGGCAAGAAGAUUGUGGACUGGUGGGAUGCCAGCAAGCGGCUACUGAUGGACACCACUCUCAUCCAGCGUCUAAAGGACUACGACAGGGACAACAUCCCCCAGCGCAUCAUCGACAAGAUCCGCAAAGAAUAUACGGGUGACCCCGACUUCACGCCCGCAAAUGCCGCAAAGGCCUCAAGCGCGGCGGAGGGUCUGUGCAAGUGGGUCCAUGCCAUGGACCAGUAUGACAAGGUGGCGAAGGUGGUGGCGCCCAAGCGCGCGGCGCUAGCGGAGGCAGAGGCCGAAUACGCCAAUGUGCUCAUGGGGCUGCACGGCAAGCAGGCCGAGCUGAAAGAGCUGUUGGAGAAGCUGGCGGGCUUGGAGGCGAAGCUGGCCGAGAGUCAGGCCCGCAAAGCGGAGCUGGAGGCAGAGACCGAGCUGUGCGCACUGAAGCUGGAGCGCGCGGAGCAGCUCAUGAGUGGCCUGGGCGGCGAGCGCGAGCGCUGGACAGCAGAGGCGGCCCGGCUGCGCGGCUCCUUCGGCGCCAUCACCGGUGACAUGCUGCUGGCGGCGGGCGCUGUGGCCUACCUGGGCGCGUUCACCAUGCCCUAUAGGGAGCGCGCGCUGGCGGCCUGGGUGAAGCAAGUGGACGCAGCGGGAGUGAGCACCAGCGCCGGGGCGAGCGGCCACGGGGGCGGCAGCCACAGCGCUGCGUUCUCACUCACGGCAGUCCUGGGCGACCCAGUCAAGAUCCGCGAGUGGGUCAUCUUUGGCCUUCCGAACGACUCCUUCUCCAUCGACAGCGCCGUCAUCGCGGCGACCAGCCGGCGCUGGCCGCUGUGCAUCGACCCCCAGGGCCAGGCCAACCGCUGGAUCAAGGCCAUGCACGAAGCACAGAAGAUCAAGGUGCUGAAGCUGUCUGACCCAGACUACCUGCGCACGGUGGAGGCGGCCGUGUCCUUUGGUCUGCCGGUGCUGCUGGAGAAUGUGGGCGAGGAGCUGGACCCCAGCCUGGAGCCGCUGCUGCUCAAGCAGACGUACCGGCAGGGCGCGCAGCUGGUCAUCAAGCUGGGAGACAACGUGGUCGAAUACUCGCCAGACUUCAGAAUGCACCUAACCACGGCGCUGCGCAACCCGCAUUACCUGCCCGAGACGGCGGUGAAAGUGGCGCUGCUCAACUUCAGCAUCACACCCGAGGGCCUGGCGGACCAGCUGUUGGGCGUGGCGGUUGCGGCCGAGAUGCCGCAGCUGGAGGAGCAGCGCCAGGCACUGGUUGUGAGCAGCGCGGAAAACGCCAAACAGCUGGUGGAGAUCGAGGCGCGCAUCCUGCAGGUGCUGUCCUCCACGGAAGGCAACAUCCUGGAGGACGCCACAGCGGUGCAGGUGCUGUCGGAGGCCAAGCGGUUAUCGGACGACAUCUCGGCAAAGCAAGCAGUGGCGGAGAAGACCCAGGCGGCGCUGGACGCCGCCCGCACGCGCUACCGGGCUGUGGCCGAGAUGUCUGCGGCCGUGUUCUUUGCAAUCGCCGACCUGGCCUCGGUGGAUUACAUGUACCAGUACUCGCUGUCCUGGUUCAUUGGCCUGUUCGUGAGGAGCAUCCAUGCAAGCGCGGAGGAGGCAGCGGCCGCAGCUGGCGCGGCGGCACCCACAGUCGCAGCCCGUGCCAACGGGCUAGAGGGCGCGGCGCUGGCGGCUCGGCUGCGGCAGAUUGAAAGCCAUUUCCUGUACGCUGCGUACUGCAACGUAUCCAGGUCGCUGUUUGAGAAGGACAAGCUGCUGCUGUCCUUCCUGCUGGCCUCGCGACUGGCGGCCCACCGCGGCAACCUGCCGCACGAGCAGCUGCGCUUCCUAGUAAACGGAGGCGGCGGCGCUGCGCCGGCGGGCUCCGCUGCAGGGGCGCCGCCGGCACCGCUGGGUAUUCCAGUGCGUGCCUGGAGUGAGCUGCUGGUGCUGUCCGCGCUGCCGGGUUCCUCGUUCAGCUCCAUACCGGCGCACAUCAGUCGCUCCGCUGACGAGUGGGCCGAGUUGGUGGAAUCACCAGACCCACACGCGCGCCCCUUCCCGGCGCCACUUGACAGCAUGCUGAGCUCUUUCGGCAAGCUGCUGGUGCUGCGCUGCCUGCGGCCCGACAAGCUGGUGCCGGCGCUGGAGGCCUGGGUAGCGGGCGAGCUGGGGCAGGCCUUUGUGAGCCCGCCGCCCAUGGACCUGGCGGCUGCCUUCGCGGAGGCGUCGGGCCCCAGCACGCCGCUGCUGUUCGUGCUGAGCCCCGGCACCGACCCCUGGGCGGCACUGCUGCGCUUCGCGGAGGAGCGCGGGCAGGCCAAGACCCUGCAGGUCAUCAGUCUGGGCCAGGGCCAGGGCCCCAAGGCGGCCGCGCUCAUUGAGGCGGCUCGCGGUUUGGGCGGCUGGGUGCUGCUGCAGAACUGCCACCUGGCGCCCAGCUGGAUGCCAACCCUGGAGCGGCUGUGGGAGGCCAUCCGGGAGGACAACACAGACGCCAAGUUCAGGCUGUGGAUGACGUGCAUGCCCACGCCCGACUUCCCUGCCACGCUGCUGCAAGCGUCCGUCAAGAUGACGUCAGAGCCGCCGCAGGGCCUGCGAGCCAACAUGCGCCGCAGCAUGGCGCUGGAGCCGCUGUCGGAAGCCAGCUUCUGGGAGCUCCCACCGCCGCCGGCGCCCGCCGCUGCGCCCAGCUCGCCAUCGCGGGGUGGUGGACACCGCGCCUCCACCACCGGUGGCGGCGGGCGGCACAGCAGCGUGGGCGGAGCCAAGGCGGCUGCGGAGGAGAAGCCGGCAGAGGGCGCGGGCGCGGACGGGCCGCCCACACUCAAGCGGCUGCUGUUUGGACUGGUGUUCCUGCACGCGGCGGUGCAGGAGCGGCGGCGCUAUGGGCCCAUUGGCUGGAACGUGCCAUACGGCUUCGACGACGGCGACCUGCGCAUCUCCGCGCGCCAGAUGCGUAUGUACGUGCAGGACUGCCUGCAGCGCAGCAACCCGGUGCCGUACGAGGCACUGCGGUACGCCAUCGGCGAGUGCAACUACGGCGGCAGGGUGACUGACGACAAGGACCGGCUGCUGCUGGCGACCAUGCUGCGCCGCAUCGUGGCGCCCGAGGUGGCGGAGGAGGCGGGCGCGGCGCUGCUGGCAGACGAGGACGGCUCCGAGGGCGGCGGGCACGACGGCGGCCGGGCGGCCAUUAGGCAGCCCGCAGACACGGUGCUGGAGGGCUACAUGUCGUAUGUGGAGACGCUGCCCACCGCGGCGCUGCCGGACGUGUUCGGACUGCACCUCAACGCCGACAUCAGCAAGGACCUGGCGACCACUAACGGUCUGCUAGCGAGCCUGACUGCCACCAGUGGCGGCGGCGGAAGCGGGGCUGCAGGCGGCGGAGCCGCAGCCGGCGGCGGCGACGCGGGCGCCGCGGCGCUGGUUCAGGGGCUGCUGGACCGCGUGCCUGCGGACUUCAACUUGGAGGCGGUACAGGCUGCGUACCCGGUGUCCUACCACCAGAGCCUCAACCAGGUGCUGGUGCAGGAGCUGGCGCGCUACAACCGGCUGCUGAGCACCCUGCGCACCAGCCUCACGCAGCUGGGCCGCGCAGUGGCGGGCCUGGCGCUGCUGAGCGCGGAGCUGGAGGGCGUGCUGCAGGCCGUGGAGGCGGGCCAGGUGCCGGCGGCCUGGAAGCCUCAGUCGUUCCCCAGCCUCAAGCCCCUGGGUGGCUACAUGACAGACCUGGUGGAGCGCUGCGCCUUCCUCAGCGGCUGGGCGCAGCGGGGGCCACCCGCCGCCUUCUGGCUGGGAGCCUUCUUCUUCCCGCCCGCAUUCACCACCGCGGCGCUGCAGAACUUCGCCCGCGGGCACCAGCUGCCCAUUGACGCGGUUGGCUUCGACUUUGAAAUGUUGCGAGCGGAGCCCUCCUCCCUGACCAACCCGCCGCCCAGCGGUGUGUACGUGUACGGGCUGUACUUGGAGGGCGCCGGGUGGGACCGCGCGGGCGGCUGCCUCGCAGAGCCGGAGCCCAAGCAGCUCUACUGCCCUGCGCCAGCCAUCUGGUUUAAGACAGUGCGCACCGCGGACAGCAAGCCCACCCCCGCCUACGCAUGCCCCGUGUAUCGCACGGCGGACCGGCGCGGCGUGCUCGCCACCACCGGCCACUCCACCAACUUCCUCAUGACGGUGCGACUGCCGCUGGAUGUGGGGCCGGGCGCGGAGCCGCGUGUGGUGCAGCGCCGCUCCGACCACUGGGUACUGCGAGGCGUGGCCAUGCUGACCAGCCUGCCGCAGUAGUUGGGACCGCAGGUGGUCUGGAGCAGUCCCGGGCUAGUUGAGAGCUGGAGGUGGUGGGGUAGCUGCGGGGGCCUCGCGGGUUGAGUGAGUGGCUGGACAUUGUGUGUUUGGCACGCACAAGAGGAUUCUGGCACUUGUCCUCGUGAUACUGUUGUUAUGUCAGGAAGGUUGGAUUGAAGAGGAGCGGGCGCUUUGCCAUGGGAAGUCGCGGUCACGCAACGGGUAUUCAACACUGGAUGUGUGUAUUGGGACAGGGUAAGGGGCAGGUCCCGUAGUGUGCAGCGUAUGCCCCGACCCCAGUAUACAAUAAACAUGCUGCAACGUCAAGGCAUGAGCGCGCGGCUGGUCGAACGCCGGAGUUACUGUCCCGACACGCCUACUGGCAGGCUACUAUUUUGCUGGUGCGCAUCGACACUGAAUGUGUGCGUGCAUGCUUGCUCGCAGCAAAGAUCUAUAAAUUGUUACACAUGCUGUGACUCCAUGUUCUUAUACAUUUGAGGGAGAGAUUCAUGAGCCGGCAUGCACACAUGGGGCCAGCCGGGAGGUGAUUGGGGCUGUUUGGUAGCUGGGGAGGGAACGUACGUGAACAAUCAUUGGAUUGGGGGCUGGCUAGGCGAGCUACGCUCAUGGGCGUUAGGGAAGGAGAG